UCAACUGGCAUGACUCUUGGAGUUGAGGCAUCUUCUAAAAUCCGUUGGUUUCGGACGACCUUUUAGGAUAGCAUUUGCGGUGACAUGUGACGUCAGGACGCUGUGUGCCUAAACUUGUUAGUUCUCUCCCGGCGGGCGCUCUCAGACAGUAUAGUCUUUUCCAGUGUAGUCGCUGUCAGUUGUGUAAACUUCGCUCUUAAAAUAAAAAGUCUUCAAAUCAAACAGGAUGGGGACAAACCGUUUAGUAGCUGUCGCUCUUCAACAGCUGAUGGAACGGGAGGAAGAAGACAAAGGACAGCCCACGACAAAGGAGAGCACACCGAUGACGCAUGCUGAUGUUGGCAGCGUAUUGCUAUCUGGCGAGUCUUGAGGUUCCUGAAACCCAGUCACCUCUACCGCUGUGCCACAUAUCCACCCCCUCAUGUUCUUGUUGGGUGAUGGAGUGUUUCCCUGUCUGGACAGGCCCAUUUCCCUCAUCACACCAUUCAAGAAUCCUCUCAGGGGAGUGGCAUAACACAGGUUUAACACCCAUCAUGCCAGGGCUCGUUCAGUCAUUGAACGAGCAUUUGGCAUGAUGAAGACCAGAUGGAGGGACAUCUUUUUCCAUGGCCUGGAGGUGGACAUCACAUGAUGUCAUCGUGGUUUGCACCAUGCUGCACAAUGUCUGUCUGGGCAAUGACGAUGUCUUGCCCGUGGAUGAGGAGGACCUGGAUGAGCCUGCAGGGGGAGACAGAAUCCUUGAGACAGCCAGGGGUAGUGCCCUGUGCGACUACAUCGCAGAUGUGUUGUCUGUACUACAGGAGCGUAUUCCCGACAAUGAUUACUGUAUAUAAAACAUUCAAGUGAUUAAUGAAAUCAGCUCUUAGUGUUGAUGUUUACCUUGUUGUUCAUGUAGUUGUAGGAAUGCUGAAUGUGCAACGGUAAUGUUACAUACCCUCAUUAUUUAUAUGAAUCGUUAACGUGCUUCACAUUUACUUACAUAUACUUAUACACGUUUAGUUCUUGCUCAAUAAAUGGACAAGUGCAUGCAUUUUUUUUUUUAAAGGUUGGAUCUCUAAAAUUGGCCUUGCUGUUAAUACUAGAUUAGUGUAUAGCUAACGUGCAUUUUCUUAUUAUUUUAGUAAAAAUAAACGAUGGCCUAACGAUGUCCAUGCCUGAAGGGUACAGUACCCUACAGCUGAGAUGACAUUAAAAAUGCCAGUGAGACACUAGGCUAAUUUAUUGGCCCCAUACCAAAACGUAGAAAAGAUUUGUUGGCGGCCGUUCUGUGCGUUUUUUAAUGUAAGCAGGGUCUUAGAAGUAUAUUCUUAUAAUUGUAUUUGGCGGCACCCCUAGACUGUGGUCACGGCACACACCUAUUCACUACUGGAGAGGGCACACUUCGGGACACUGUCAUGUAGGAGCGGCAUAGAGGGCACCAUAACAGCACCGUUUCCAUUGGAAGGGCACCCAUAGAGAUCGUUAAGUUUAGAUCAUUGUAAGGGCACCUUACAGGGCCAUGCACCACAUCUUGAGCACUUCUUGCUCUAGAAGGCACAUCUUCAUCAUUUAUUGCAUGAAGGGACACUCUAGAGGGCACUCGGUAAUGUGUCUCCCCUGUGGAGGGCAGUCAAUAAGGCACCAUCUCUGGUUUUCACCUCUCUGGAGGGCACUUUAGCCACGCUCUUUCAACCAGAGGGACCCAUGGUGCAAGGGGUAUUCACUGUUAAAGUCCAGGCAGAAACCUGAUGUAUCAAGGGGGUUGCAUCUUUGGUCAAUUCAUUGUUAACUUUCAUUAAAGUAAAAAUGCAGCAUUUUGUACCACAAAUUGAGGUAGUAGGUGUUUGUGUUUCCAGCAAUGUGUGGCUUUCUGGCAAGACCUUCCUUGUUGCUAGGUAUUUGGCAGAUCAAAGUGUCGGUUAUCUUUCCUGAAGAAUGCAUAGGACGUGCGUAGUCUCCACUGUAACAACGUAAACGUUGGUAAUUGUGAUGGAGUUGAUCUAUCUCAAUGCAUCCACCAGGGGGAACAAGAGAACUGUGAUUAUUUUAUUGUAUUCACCUGCCCAGUUUCAACCUGUGCUCUUGUAGCCAGCCUUUGGUUGGUUUUCCGUGUCCAGUAGCAAUAGGUAAAAAGACUAGGUGCUGUCUCAUUCUGUGUUUUCCAGUUCUUUUUUUGUCCAAAUUGUGCAGAAAGGAAAUAUGUACAUUUAUUGAAGGAUGCCUACCAGUGCUUGCAGCUAAAAUCAAGACGAGGGUCGUUUUAUACUGAAUGCAUGAAUCUCUCAAUUAUCUUGUUGUCAUACUUAUUUCAUAUUAUAUCAUACUCCGUGUGUGGAUGGACACACGCAUAGUCUAUUUGCUGUCAAGAGCACACGUUGUCAACCCUGUGAUAGAGCUGAUCUCUGAAGUUUUUGAUGGGUCCACUAUUGUUUCGUGAAAAAAACAUAGAGCAUCCCUGUAUCCUCUAUUCAUGACACAGACCACGUACUAACACGGUAACAAACGGUCAGGAUUUGACUGAGAGACUAUGAAUUUCAUUUUACAUUAUCAAUACUACCUACUGCCUGCCGAAUGAGCCCAUCGCGCGCGCGCGCGUGAAGGCAGCGAGGCGGCAGGGGGAGGGAGGUAGGACAGAUAGCGACUUGGGUUGCGCUCAAAGCAGAUUAAGCAGCUAAGAGUAGCUGUUGAAUUGACAGCAUCUCUGGUGCGCGCCACCACCCACUGCUAGGGAUUUAUCCGGCUAGCACAUUUACCCAGGAUUUUAUCGCAAUGGAAUAUUAACCUAACAGUCGUCCUUCUAUGCUGAGGUUAAAUGGAGGAACGGGACAGAAGCCGGUCCCCGUCCCGAAAGACCAGCCGUGUGGAGCAGGUGGUGGGGCGCUGGCUACGGCGCUCACGAGACUCCUCCAGCAGAGAGCGUGUGUUGGACGAGAGCCGUGUUGUUGACAAUGGGUCCUUAGACCAGAGGAGUUUCCCCAUCAGGGUGACAUUACAGCUGCCACGGGACCCCGACCUCCAGUCCCAUGGCUUCACCGUGACCACAGAAACACCUCUACUGGUGCAUGAGGUCAUCCCAGGAGGCCCAGCCGACGGGAAGCUGGUACCUGGCGAUCAGCCUCUCAAGAUCAACAAUGUUGCAGUCGAUGACCUCUCUGCGGAGCAGGCUGCUGACCUCAUCAGGGAGUGUCAGGAUACCUUAACCAUCACAGUCCUCAGGAUCACAGUGGGGCCAAAAUCAUCCUUUAUAACUCCAGAGAAGAGAGCGAAGCUGAGGUCCAACCCAGUGAAGGUGCGCUUUGCAGAGGAGGUGGUGGUGAACGGCCACUCUCAGGGCAACUCCUUGCUUUUCCUGCCAAAUGUUCUGAAGGUGUACCUGGAGAACGGCCAGACGAAGGCCUUCAAGUUUGAGCCCAAGACCAGAGUCAAGGACAUUGUGAUGACGCUGAAGGAGAAGCUGUCUAUCACCCGCAUCGAGCACUUCUCCCUGCUGCUGGAGCAACAAUACAGCAUCACCAAACUACUACUGCUGCACGAGGACGAGAUCAUACAGCAGGUGGUGGACAAGAAGGAGUCUCAUGCCUACAGAUGUUUGUUCAGAGUUUGUUUCAUGCCCAGAGACCCUCAGGACCUCCUGGAGGAAGAUCCCGUGGCCUUUGAGUAUCUCUACCUGCAGUGUGUGAGCGAUGUGUUGCUGGAGAGGUUUGCAGUGGAGAUGAAGUGUAACGCUGCUCUCAGACUGGCAGCGCUGCACAUCCAGGAAAGACUGGCCAGCUCUGGACAAUCCCCCAAAACACCUCUGAAGACCAUUACGAAGGAGUGGGGCAUUGAGAGCUUCGUCUCCACCACGCUGCUGAGGAACAUGAGGGAGAAGGACCUGAGGAAGGCCAUCAGCUACCACAUGAAGAAGAGCAUCUUCCUCGAGCCCAAACAAAAGGUGAUCUCAGUGAACCAGGCCAGGCUGAACUACCUGUAUGAGAUGACGGAGCUCAAGUCUUAUGGAGGGAAGGCGUUCAGUGCCACGAUCUUGCUGCAGGACAGAGAGUCGAUGGUGAGUCUGCUGGUGGGGGUUCAGCAUGGGAUCAGCCAGGUGGUGAACCAGAAGCAGAGUGUCACCAACACACUGACGGAGUUCAGCAGCAUCACCCGGGUGGAGCUCAUCCCUGAGUCGGAGCGCGUCAGCCUGGUGAAAAUCUACCUGCAGGACAUCAAGCCCAUCACUCUUCUGCUGGAGUCAGUGGCAGCCAAAGACAUGUCGUGUCUGGUGGCCGGAUACUGUAAAGCUCUGGUCAACCCCAACGUCUGCGUGUUUCCAUGGACUGCCCACCGUAAGAGCCAGCGCAUAUCAGCAGAAGAAGGUUAUGGGUCUCACUGUGGGAGUGACUCUGACGACUCAGACACUGACAUGGAUGCUUUGCUGGCACAUGUGGCCAACGCCUCCCAGAGCGACGAGCCGACAGCGUCAGGGUCCAGCUGUGAGCAGACGCCAAGGAGAGAGGGAGGAGAGGGGGAGGAGGAGGAGGAGGAGGAGAACACACACGGGACACAGCAGGAGGAGACAGAAGAAGGCCACGGAGGGACAGCAGCGCAGGAAGGAGUGGAGGUGCAGGCGACGGAAACCAAACCUACAGAGGAAGGGAGUGGGCAGAUGGAGGAGCAGAGGACUAGAACCGAGGGCGAGGAGGCCCAGGGGGCUGACGGAGAGGGAGAGGGAGAGGGAGAGGGAGAGGAGCUGGGGAGCGGGGGACUGAGACAGGCAGCGGGCGGAGGAGAGGAGCAGGGGAGCGGGGGACUGAGACAGGCGGCGGGCGGAGGAGAGGAGCAGCGCCGCUACGUCAUGCUGGAGGAGCCCGUCUCCGAGGCGUCGGACUCCGGGCGGACAGACUCCCGCUUCCUGGCCAGCCUGUCCAGCGACUCCAUGGACGCUCUGGAGGAGGAUGACCUCCUGACCCUGUGCUCCCGCCGUCGGCCAUGCCACCUCAGCGUGGGCUACGCCCACAACAACCCGCCGCUGUCCCCCCAGACGGCACUCACAGCCAGAGACCUCAACACGGGCAGCAGCUACAGCAACGGCGACGUCGACCCCUUCCUGUGUUACGCGGCGCUUUCCAACAUGGUGGACUGUCUGCCCAGCCCACCCGAGGCAAGUGAGGAUGAGGAGGAGGAAGAGCGGAGCCUGAAAGGACUGGACUUCUUAAAACUGACCCCCUUAUCCGCUCAAGAGACAGGAGGAGGAGGAGAGGAGGAGGAGGAGGAGGAGGAGGAGGAAGAGGAGGCCGAGAUGGAGCCCGUGCCCAUUCUUCAGCCUCCGCCAGGCUUUGGAGACAGCAGCUCUGAUGAUGAGUUCUUUGACGCGCAGGAGAGAUUCACCUCCCCAGAACAGCCCUCAUCUGCUGCUAUGACCAGAGAGAACUCGACCGAAUCCAGCGCCAUGAAGCGGACACUGAGCCUGAGUGACAUUGGCCUCUCUGUGAGCGAGUUAGGCAAGGAGGAAGAAGAGGAGUGGAGGGAGGACGCUGAGCAGGAGGAAGGAGACAGCGCCCUCUCCAGGGCCAAGAGAACGUCUGCAAAGCAGCGGCGUUCGUAUUUGGAGACAGACUACACAUCGCUGGUGUCCUACCCUGAACAGAACCACAGACCCAGGAACCACUACGAGGGUCCGCUCACAGCCAGUGGCCAAGAGCAAGCGGCGGGUCGGAACCAGACACCCUGUCCCACGGUGUCACCGCUGACCAACACCGAACAGGAACCCGCCCAACUGGAGGACAAGCCCAUCACCAGCUCCAGCAGACCGCUGUGCAACGCCGUGGCAAAACCCCGAGGUCACCACCGCCGGCACCUGUCCGCCCAGGUGGAGAUGGAGGUGGAGCCGGACGCCAUGGAGACGAAGGCCGUCACUGACCUGCUGGCCUCGUCCAUCUCGGCGGUGCGACGGAGCGCCACCCUGACGGAGGCGGACCUGAGACCCUACAGGAGGAGUGAGCUGGGGUUCGGAGACGGGCUGAUGGACAGGUUGUCUGAGGGAGCGUUCGCCAGCCACCUCUUCUUCAGACGGACUGCUGAAGUCCCCACAGAGGGGCAGGAGGGAGAGGGGGAGACAGAGAGCCGCUGUACCUCACCCAGGCCCCGCUCCUUCACCCUGGGCCACGUGGACUCCCCCACCCCCACCGCCUGGCACCAACCAGUCAUCCCAACCAUAUCGUACACCCCCAGCCCUGACGCAGAGGAGGAAGAGGAGUUGGCUGAGGAUGAAGCAGCCCAGGCCAGCAGUAGCAAUCACAGCCUCAUGGUGGCCUUCAGGAAAGGGCUGUCAGUGAGCCGUGAGAGCCUGGGACAGGCGGGGGAGGCGGAUGAGCCGGACUGCGUUAGCUACUUUCAAGAACCCCCCAAACCCUCACCGGAACCCGCCUCUGGCUUCCUGCUGAACCCCUGCUCCUCAGGCAGGAUGAUGGGCCGGCUGUCGGCCUCCACGCUGCGGGGCAAGAUCCAGAGCCUGCCGCUCUACCUGUCGCGCUCGCAGGAGGCCCUGGGUGAGGCGGCCAGCCUGGACACCAGCGCCCCCCAGAGGAGGAGGUUCUCAGAGACGCGCCACUACAGGAGGGCCAAUGAGAGGCCAUGCUGGACACAGCUGGGCCGAGACGCCAGCGCUCCCGAGGUCACCGAGGUCAAAGUGGUGACCAUAGUGUCUGAGGAGGUGACAGAAGUGAUCGAGGAGAUGGUGGAGGUCGGCCACCGCGGUCCAGCUGUCCAACAACACGCCGAGACCAGAUUUGACUCCCCCUUGAGCUACGAGCAAGAAGAAGCCAACUCUCCCUCAAGGGCUGAUCAUCCCAUCAGCACUGCCCCCACCUCAGUGGUGGUGACCACACAGAACCUGCCCAGCACAGGCCCCUACAUGGGCAACCACACACACACCCACACGGCGGUCACCGGCUGCGGCCUCUUCAGAAACUGUGAGUCCCAGCCCACCAACACCCAGCCCCAGGCACUGCUCAGUCCCUGCCAGCAUGGGAAACCUGAACUGGGCUGCCGCAGUGCGGUGAUGCUGGGCUGUGAGGUGCUGCUGGAGAGCGCCCAGACACCCCUGGAGGUGUGUGACUGCCCGUCGGUCUACACCAACUGCUUUAGUGGGGUCUUAGAUGGGGGUAGCUUCGACGAUGAGCUGACCGUCUACGAGUUCUCCUGCCGCACGCAGGAGACGCAGGCAGACGGUGUCGAGGUCAGUCCGGUGUCAGGUAUCCCCCCACUUCUGUCAUCCUCCCCAUUCUCCCCCUCCUCCUCCUCCUCUUCCUCCUCUCCUCUCCCUUCUUUCCCUUGCCCGAUUCUGCCCCCCUCUUCCUCUUCCGAGCUCAGUCCUCUCCUCUCCCCCCUCGAACCCGUCAACUGCUUCCUGUCCGACCCGGAAGAGGAAUCCAUCGCCACCUUACUGGCCCGCCGAUACCCCUCACCCCCCGCGGGCUUCGCCGCGCUGCAGCGGGACCAGGAGACGCUCCUGUCGGUCCUGGGGGGAGCCAUCAAGUCUCGGGGGGAGUGCGAGAGCCUGGAGCACCACAGGGACUCGUGCGCGGCCCACUUCUCGGAGAACAAGCGGCGGCUGCACGAGGAGGCGCGGGGGCUCCUGGCGGGGUGCCAGCGGGUGGUGCGCGCCGGCCAGACGGCCGAGGAGACGCUGCAGGCGCUGGCGCUGAGCUUCCGCUCGCUGGUGCAGCUGGCGUCCGUCUGCCUGUGCUUCUCCUGCUGCCCGCGCUGCCACGAGCGCCACGGCCAGGCGCUGACGGGGCUGGCCGACGUGGCGCGGACGUACCGGGAGUUCGCGCGCACCGCCGAGUGCGUGGGCAGCGCGGCGGCCGCUACGGGCAAGCGCAGCAGCUGCCACGACCUCAGCAUCAAGCUGCUGGCACGCCAGUGCACCGCCCUCACCACCUCCGUCUUCUGCCUCACACAGCUCUUCCGCACGCUCACCGCACUCUGACCUCCGACCUCCGACCUCACCACCUGAGCUGCCCCCUGCCGCCAUUGAUCUCCACUCAGUCCACGAGCAGAGAAAGCCCCCUCUCAGGGUCGUGUCAUCCGCCCCUCUGCCAGGACGACACUCCGUGGAGGAGCACUCUGAGUCAAUGGGGCUGGAGCAACAGAACGCUGUUUUCUGCUACGAGAAUGAGGGAGUAGGAGAUAAGAAACCUUGGAUGUUGAGGAAGGUGAGGAUGAGGAAGGUGGAAGUCUGUUUGGAUUUCUCGA